GCGUUGCUGAAUGUAGAGCUCGCCUAUGGCCAUGUGGCGAGAUGAAGCCAACAAGCUUGCGAGGCGCUUGAACCCCGAUUCAGCUGGCGAGAAGCUCUUGCUGUUUGACAAGGGGGAUGAAGAGCAGUGCGCACUCAGUCCUGAAUUGGACGUCAAGCUACACUGGCAAGUCGCAAGACGAGGCGGCUAAGAGGUUCGUGGAGGAUCCAGAAGUGAAGAGAGAGAUUGAUAAUCUUGGGCCCUCCAAGAGGAAAAGGAAGAUGUUGGCGCAUGAGGCCCUGCCAAAAGUGUUUUCAACUCCAUUUGCCCUUGAUGUGCGUGGGCGGGGCCAUGCGAAGUUACAUGGGCGGCCCAAGCGCUGCCGAAAGAAGUGUCUAUGCGGAAAAGCGCCGUGCUACAGCUGAGCAGAGCUGUGAGGAAGUGCUGGCGCUUCCAUGUGCUUGUGGUCACCGCCUCAAAACGUCAACACCUCGUGGAACCCCCACGGGCUGUUGAAAACAGCUGCAACGCACCUUGCAACGCAUGUUGAGUGUCUAAGGCCAAGAUGUCGGGCAUUUCACGUGUUCUUGCGGCCUCCCAGGAUUUCACCAAGAAGGUGUUGACCAAGGAAGCGGAGGCGGCCGGGCUUCAGGCUCACGCGAAGAUGAUCAUCGAGAUACGCAAGCAAGUGUACGCCAAAGUGGCGCUCAAGGACGAAGGCAUGCAGAACGACUUCGUGCGGGAGAAUCACAACAUGGAGGACGCGUACCUUCAAAGCGGCGAUGAGUGGUGGCAUGAAUGGUAUCUCCAUCACCUGUUGGUCGACCAGGCAGAGGACGCGUACCUUCAAAGCGGCGAUGAGUGGUGGCAUGAAUGGUAUCUCCAUCACCUGUUGGUCGACCAGGCAGAGGCUCACGCGAAGAUGAUCAUCGAGAUACGCAAGCAAGUGUACGCCAAAGUGGCGCUCAAGGACGAAGGCAUGCAGAACGACUUCGUGCGGGAGAAUCACAACAUGGAGGAUUUCACCAAGAAGGUGUUGACCAAGGAAGCGGAGGCGGCCGGGCUUCAGGCUCACGCGAAGAUGAUCAUCGAGAUACGCAAGCAAGUGUACGCCAAAGUGGCGCUCAAGGACGAAGGCAUGCAGAACGACUUCGUGCGGGAGAAUCACAACAUGGAGGAGAGGGGUCAGAGAUUCGAUGAGAAGUGUUCUUUCGCCUCAACGUGCUCGUUUUCCAGAGUGGGCCGAACAUUUGUUGGGGACUUUGCGAUCCGUUUUGCUUGCCCUGGAAAGACACGUGUAGGCUGACGGAUCUGUUUUUGGGAAAAAUUGGAAACAUGGGUCGGGUCAGAAUGGCUUUGUACUGGCUGAGUUUGAGGUAUUGUUGCUCACGCGAAGAUGAUCAUCGAGAUACGCAAGCAAGUGUACGCCAAAGUGGCGCUCAAGGACGAAGGCAUGCGGAACGACUUCGUGCGGGAGAAUCACAACAUGGAGG